AUGUCAGAUAAAAAACCUAUAUUUCCAUCAAAAAUUAGUAAAACAAAUCCCUCACCAUCCCAUCAAUUGCAAUGGAACUUACCCUAUGCAGAUGUACCUUCAAUAAUUCAAAGUAAUGAUAAAGAUAUUGAAAUCCAAGAUAAAUUGUUUGAACAUUUACAAAAUUUAAUACAAUUGUUAUUUGGACAAACAUAUGUGAAAACCAACUUAAAUUUUUGGAAAUUUUUAAACAAAUCUAUCUAUUUUGGAUCAACUACAUUAUUAAAUAAAAGAACUCCUGGAGAAGAAUAUGCAGAUAUCAUAAUAAAUGACACACUUUCCACCUCUUUUAAACGUAGGAAUAAACUUUUUUUAAAAAGAUUUUUCUUUAUCAUGUGCCACAUUGGUGGCAUAAAGUUUUUACUUUCGAAAAUUAAAUCGUUGAAUAAGUUCACUAGUCAAACUACCAACAAAUUGGAUUUUUCUUUGUGGUUGGAGACAUUAAGUGACUUACAUUUGGCCUUAUUUUACUUGAAUUCAAAGUAUUAUGAAUUUAUCAGAAGGAUUUUCCAAAUGAGAUAUUUUUUCUUACAUGACGAUGAUUCUGCUAAUGAGGAAAAUAAUUUGCAAUUCAGGAAAAUGAUUAAUUUACCCUAUAAAAUAGUCGGUGGUGUUAUUAUAUUAAAAUUGUUAUACAAAGGUGUGUUUGUUUUCACGAAAAACACCAUUUCUGCUAUUAGCAGUGGCAAAAAUAAAAAGGAGAUAUCAGAAAAUACUGAAAGGGGGGAAGGAAAAAACGCAAAAAAAAAAAUUCUAACCAGAAUACCGUUGGAAUCCAAGAUAAAUAUUGAUUUGGAGGACCCUUUGCAAUUGCCUUACAUUCAACCUGAUUCCUCAAGAACCUGUGUUUUGUGCCUAAGUUAUAUGAAAAACCCAAGCUGUGGGAAAUGUGGGCAUCUUUUCUGUUGGAAUUGCAUAAUGGACUGGUGCAGGGAAGCAAAAAAUGCAACUACGGAUGCUAACAAUUCGGGUAAUAGUAACGGGUGUCCCCUUUGUAGACAAGAAUUAUUGCCUCAGCAAAUUGUGCCAUUGAGAUAA